AUGUUCUUGUCAUUACUUACAAUCAUUGUUAUCUUUGGUACUCUUGAAAGCAAACCGAUUAUUAUCAGAAAUAUUUCUGAUUGUAGUAUAACUGAAGAUGGAAUUCUUCAUUAUCAAGGUAAACAUUCAUUUACAAAAUUUGAACAUGAAUGUUUACUAUGGGUUGAUUUUCAAGUUAUCUAUCCUGAAAUGAUAAAUGAAAUAAAUUUUUUUAAUGAUCCAUCAAUAAAAGCAGCAAAGAAUUAUUGUCGUAAUCCGAAUAUGAAUAUUAAUGGUCCAUGGUGUUUUGUUCAAAAUGAAGAUAUUAUUAGUAUGGAAGCAUGUGAUGUAUGUCAAAGUCUUGCUUCUCGACCAACAUUACCAACUAAUAUUGAAAAUAUUGAAGAUGUUACUAUUGUUGCUAUAAAUAAUCAUUUUUUUCAAAAUAUUCGUGAUGAAAUACAACGUUAUGCAGCUUAUAUUCGACAAAAGUUUAUGGAAAUAAUGAAUCGUAUGAGAGAAAAAAUGAGACAAUUAGGAGCGAGAAUUUCUAAUAGUUUUAAUUUUAAUUGA